AAAAUAAUACAAUUGAGUUGAGAGGAAAAAAAAAUGAUACUGAUUAUUUGUACAAUUAAAAUUAUUAAAGCACAUUGGAAAUUAUUAUUAACAACAACAACAACAAUUAAUCAUCCUCAUCAUCCUCAUCCUAACCAUCAUCUUCAACCACUUCAAUCCUCAUCCUUAACUUUUUUAUUAACAUGAAUAUAAAUUUACCUUCUAAUUGUUUACUAAUUAGCUUAAUAUACUUGUUGUUUUCACCUUCACUUUCAUCCUCACCAAUUUCACCAUCAAAAUCGUCACCAUUAACUGUUUAUAAUCAAAGGUAUUCACCUUCAGUGUUACAAGUGUCACCAUCAGUGUCCACUGUUCCUCUUGGACCUUAUAUAACUGGACUACAUGUUGAAAAUGAUCGAGCUCGAGUGGACUCACUUGGUAUCAAUAUUAUCUACGCGGAUACCAAAACGUCAAUCCGACUAUUUGGUUCCAAUUUCACCAAUAGUACCCUGAUUGCUUUAACCCGAAUACCUUCAGCCGCUUCAACCAAUUGUAAUGAUUUAUCCCGUUUCGAUCCGAUACCAAUCACUUACAUAACCUCAACAAUGGUAUUGGUCAAGGUGAAAUGGCCGAAAACAUCGGACACCCUUUACAUUUGUGCCAAAAAUCCGCUACCCAAUCAGAAGGGAAAUUUCAAUACUGAGAAAAGUGCGAUAAAAUCUGUCGAUGAAAAUGUUUACUCGAAAAUGCGGUCAAUCGAUUCCAAAAUAAAAGGAAACAAUAGAACAACAAUUACUAAUCAAUUAAUCAAAUCAACUGUUAAAACAAUGAGAUAUUCCGAUUCCGUUAUCAAAUCAUCAACAACCAUUUUUCCUGGAGAUUGGGUUCACCAAGGAAGUGAAACAUUUUUAUCGCUUCAAGUGACUGGACGUUUAUUGCCACUCGGUCUUCAGGUCGCUUUGAUCAUGUUGCUACUUUGUCUAACUGGCCUGUUUGCUGGACUUAAUUUGGGACUUAUGUCGUUGGAUAAAAAUGAGCUUAGGGUUAUCGCAUUGAAAGGAGAUGAGGCUGAGAAACGCUAUGCACGAACCAUUGAACCUUUACGAAAACGGGGUAAUUUCCUACUUUGUACCAUUCUGCUAUCAAAUGUGGCCAUUAAUUCAACUUUAACUGUUUUACUUGAUCAACUCACCACUGGACUUUAUGCUAUCGUCAUUUCAACACUUUCAAUCGUCAUUAUUGGUGAUAUUGUGCCUCAAGCAAUUUGUUCCCGUCAUGGUCUUGCCGUUGGUGCUAAAACCAUUUGGAUAACUUAUCUGUUCAUGGUUAUAACUGCACCACUUUCAUGGCCCAUCUCAAAGAUACUUGAUGUUGUUCUUGGCGAUGAAAUCGGCCAAGUUUAUGAUCGAGAACGUCUAAUGGAGUUUAUCAGAAUAACGAGAGAUUAUUCCCAAUUGGAAACUGCCGAAGUGAACAUUAUCUCUGGAGCACUGGAACUUAAAAAGAAAACCGUUGGUCAGAUAAUGACUGCAUUGGAAGAUGUGUUCAUGUUGCCGCUUGCAACUCGACUUGAUUUUGAUGUAGUUUCGAAAAUAGAAAAGUCUGGAUUCUCUCGAAUUCCAAUUUAUAAAGAUGACCGGCGAAAUAUCGUUGGUCUUUUAUAUGUUAAAGAUCUGGCUUUCGUUGAUCCAGAUGACAAUAUGCCAUUGACUACGGUCAUUGAGUAUUAUCGGCAUCCGUUAAUCUAUACCUGGGAAGAUACGACAUUGGACAUUGCACUUGGUGCUUUUAAAGAGGGUAAAUCACAUUUAUCUUUUGUCCGUCGAUUAUGUGAUGAUGCUGAACACACUGAUCCUUAUUAUGAGGUUGUUGGACUUGUAACCUUGGAAGAUGUUAUCGAGGAGAUACUUCAAACAGAGAUUGUUGAUGAGACGGAUGUUUUUACCGAUAAUCGAUUGAAACAACGUCGACCUCGUCCGUCAGAACGAGAUAACUCAGUUUUCUCAUCACUUCGUAACUGUCAAGACAACACUGCGAUCUCACCUCAAAUGGUCCUAGCGACCUACCAAUUUCUUUCGUCCUCUUGUUCACCUUUUGCAAAUCAAUUCAUCACCGAAACCAUUUUGCGUCGACUUCUCAGUCAACCGAUUUACUUUCACCAUGUUUACGAUCCAGAAAACGAUGAUCAAGAACCUUUUUUCCAAAUAUACACUCGAGAUAAACCAGCCGAUUAUUUCGUCAUGAUACUUGAAGGUCGAGUUCAGGUUACAGCGGGUAAAGAGCAAUUAACUUUUUAUGGUGGACCUUUCACCUCUUUCGGUGUUGAUACCCUCAAAGUAUUACCUCCAUCAACACCAACAGGUAACACCAAUACAGGAACAAUGAAUGUAACACCAACUGUAAUAACAGCGACUUCACCAUCCGGAUUAACCAAUAUCACUGCCACUACGAUUCCAACCCAAACAUCAUCAACCAAUUUAACGAUCGUUAAUCCAGAAUUAACAUUGGAAUCAAACUUUAUCUACAAACCUGAUUAUACUGUUGAAAUCGUUCAAACAACAACUUACCUUAAGAUAACCCGGAAAUUGUAUUUAUCUGCACUAAAAGCAUCGCAAAUGGAUCGAGGCUCAUCAAACAUUUCAUCUAAAUCAUUUCCAUUUCCUCCCUUGGCAAACUCAGCCUCCCAAUCAUUUGCUGCAAUCGAUUCAUCAAAUGAUUUAUCAUCUUUAUCUAAUCCUAAUCCAAUUAGUCCCAAUCAGCAGCAACAACAACAACAACAACAAUCGGAAAAAGUUGAUCUUCAACAAUCAAACAACAAUCUCAAAAUUAACACUUCCACUGAACAAACAAGUUCCCAUAGUUUUAUUAAUCCAUCAUUUGAAAUGGAUAAUUAAUUAAUCAUAUAAACAAAAUUAUUUUAAUUACAAUUUAAAGUCUAUUAAUAGUCAUUACCUUUUAUUAUCAAUGAAUGAAUUGAAAAUUUACUCCAAAUUAAUUACAUAAUUAAAUCACCUAAUCAUAAAUAUUUUAAAUUCAA